AUGGCGUUGAACGUCCAAAUCAUAUCGGAAGAAACCAUCAAGCCGUCGUCGCUGGCCCCUGAGCACCUCAAAAUCCACAAACUUUCGUGCAUGGACCAAGCCGCCCCUCCCCGUUACACGCCCAUCCUCCUUUCCUACCCGGAUACACAAAUCCCCUCCUCCUACCAACAAGGCGCCAUGGUCGUCGAGAAGCUGAAAUCCUCCCUCUCCGAAACCCUAUCCCACUACUACCCGUUCGCCGGCCGGUACCGUGACGACGGCUACUCCAUCGACUGCAACGACAAGGGCGUCGCGUUCGUGGUGGCCCACGUGUCCGACGACAAAACGUCGUCGUCGUCCACGGGAGGACUGGAGGAGGAGGAGGUGCUGCAGCUGAUGCCCUGCCAUCCCCAGGAGACGUGGGUGGACGACAACGGGGAGCUGGUCCUGCUGGCCAUCCGGGUCAACUUCUUCGAGUCAACGGGGAUCUCCAUCGGGAUCUGCGCCUGGCACGGGGUCUGCGACGGGCCCACCAUCAGCUUCUUCGCCCAAUCGUGGGCCGCCAUCUGCCGCGGCGACCCCCAGGUCCAGCGCCUCCUCAACGGCAACGCGGUCGUGGACUACGGGUCCAUGUUCCCGGCCCACCAGUCCCUGGACUACAUCAGAAGCAUGGGGUCCUACUUCGACACGUCCGACGAUCACAAAAAGAGGACGGCGGUGAAGCAGUUCGUCGUCCCGGGCCCCAAGAUCGACGCCCUGAGGGAGGAGAUCACGAGGAGCACCGGCAAGCGCCCCUCCCGCGUGGUCGUGGUCUCCUCCCUCGUGUGGGCCGCCGCCAUCCGCGUCUCCCAGGAGAAGCGGAAGGCGAGGAGGAGGAGAGACGAGGAGGAUGACAUGAAUGAGUUGCAUUCGGCGGCGAUAAUUGUGAACAUACGGCCGAGGACAAACCCGCCGCUGCCGCCGAUGUGCAUGGGGAACCUCUUCCAGCGGAGCGCGACGGCGAAAUGGCCGAUCAAGGAGGAGGCGGCGGGGGCGUUGAGUAAAUUGGCGGGGAGGUUGGGGGAUGUGGUGCGGGGAGUGGACGCGGAGUUCUUGAGCAAGGCGCACGAGAACGGCGGGGAGGGUUAUAAGGAGUUUAUGAGGUCGUGGUGGGAAGAGUACGAGAAGGAGGACUUCAUAGUGAUAACGAGCUUGUGCGGGUACGGGAAGGAAGGCGGCGUGGAUUUUGGGUGGGGGAAUCCCGGUUCGACCCGCGGGUAUGCGAGGAGCAACAAGACCAUUUCGCUGAUGGAUGCGAAAGACGGUCAGGGGAUUGAGGUGUGGGCGACUCUGGAUAAGGACGACAUGGCCAUCUUUGAGAAGGAUCCUACCUGGUCUAAUUAA